AUGGCCAUUUGGCUGUUCUCAGUGACAGCCAGGGACAUUAUCGGCUCGUAUAUGACUACUGUUGCUCCCAGUUUCACCGGAGCCCGGCUUAUCACCUACCUUGCACAGAACGCACCCGAAGAUGUCAAGAUCGCCGUAGGUGGUCGCAGCGAGUACAAGGUCGAGGCCACCCAGCGCCGGAUCAUUGCCAAUAACCCUGAACUCAAGGACCUGGGUCAACGCAUCCGUGAGAUUGUUGCACAGACCAGGGUUGUUGCGACAACGGUUGGCCCUUACGCGCUGCGCGGGUCAGAGCUUGUCCGUGCCUGCGUUGAGGAAAAGACUGACUACUGUGACAUCACUGGCGAGGUACCGUGGGUCAAGAAAAUGCACGACGAGUUGAACGACAAGGCUGUUCGUAACAAGGUUCACAUUGCGUCGUUUUGUGGUUUCGACAGCAUUCCGGCCGACAUUGGUUGCUUCAUGCUGGCUGAAUAUGCGAAGCAGAAGCUGGACAAGCCGCUGCUUCACGUCAAAGGCUCAAUUACCAGGGUGCGUGGUGGAGUUAGUGGUGGAACAUUGGCCACUGCCAUCGAGCAGAUUGGCGACUUCAAGACCAUCCUGUCUGAAAAGUUCCUGGGCAGCGAAGAGUCCACAGACGCUGAAAAGACCCUCAGAAACCCGACAUUCAACCGCAGCAUGAUCCACUAUGAUAAUCAUGUCAAGCGCUGGCAGACAUUCUGGAUCAUGGGUGAGGUCAACAAUCGCGUUGCCGGGUGGGCUGGUCAGGUUCUCAACUACGGUCCGCGAUUCACCUACAGCGAGUCCAUGUCGGCAUAUAACGUCAUCCAUGCAGUACUAGUGCCCAUUGGUUUGGCAUAUUUUGCAUUCUUGAUGCUGUUCAGCUUCAUUCGCAAUCUUCUGUUUGCGCUCAGCAUCAUUCCUCGGCCCGGGAGUGGACCGAGUGAGCGGGCAACCAAGAAGGGGCAUUUCACACUGAGUCUGGAAGGAUUCACCGAUGAGGGUAGCGCCGUGUACGGCAAGGUCGUGGGCACCAGCGACCCGGGUUAUGGUGAGACCAUCAAAUAUCUGGGCGAGAGUGCACUGUGUCUGGCACUGGACCGCGACAGCUCAUUCAAGCCAGGAGUGUACCCGCCUUCAAUCAUCAUGGGCAAUGCCCUGCUCUCUCGGCUUCGCAGUAGAGGAUGCCAGUUCGAGGUCAGCAACACACCAAUCGAGUGGAGCAAGCGCAAGAAGCACACUCAAUAAGAGCAGUUAUUUUUUACAUACUGGAUGUCGAGUGCUAACAUACUUGUGAUACAUUCGCCAAACAUUGC